CUUUAUUGCCCCCGUGCAAACGUUAUUCACGUUCCCCUUCCUCCAGAUCUAGAUCUACUCCAAAAAAAUCCACGAAAAGAGCUGCUGAAAGUCCCACUUUUGGAUUCUUUUGGGCCCAAGUUGCUGAAGAUGAUGAACCGCGAACGCGCUGCGAAUUUAGCUCUUUUAGGUCUUACCUUGGCACCACUUUUCGUAAAAAUAGAUUCCAACUUGAAUGUUAUUCUGACAGCAUGCCUUACAGUUUAUGUUGGCUGCUAUCGAUCAGUAAAGUCCACAUUACCAUCGGAAACAAUGUCCAAUGAACAUGCAAUGCGCUUUCCUUUGGUUGGGAGUGCAAUGCUUUUGUCACUAUUUUUGCUCUUCAAGUUUCUAUCAAAAGAUUUGGUCAAUGCUGUGCUUACAUGUUACUUUUUUGUGCUUGGAAUUGUCGCUUUCUCUGCGACACUAUUACCUGCCAUCAAGCGUUUUCUUCCCAACAAGUGGAACGAUAACCUCAUUGUUUGGCACGCUCCAAUUUUUCACUCUUUUUCAGUAGAGUUCACGAGGUCUCAGAUUGUUGCUGCUGUUCCAGGAACAUUUUUCUGUGUGUGGUACGCAUCACAGAAGCAUUGGCUGGCAAACAACAUCUUGGGAAUUGCAUUCUGCAUUCAGGGUAUUGAAAUGUUAUCAUUGGGUUCAUUUAAAACUGGUGCCAUUCUCCUGGUUGGACUCUUUUUUUAUGACAUCUUCUGGGUGUUCUUUACUCCGGUGAUGGUCAGUGUUGCCAAAUCCUUUGAUGCUCCUAUAAAGCUUUUGUUCCCAACUUCAGAUGCUGCUCGUCCAUUUUCUAUGCUUGGUCUUGGCGAUAUUGUAAUACCUGGUAUAUUUGUUGCAUUGGCGUUGCGCUUUGAUGUAUCUAGAGGGAAACAAAAUCGUUAUUUCAACAGUGCAUUCUUUGGAUAUACACUUGGUUUGGUUGUGACUAUAGUUGUGAUGAACUGGUUUCAAGCUGCCCAGCCUGCGCUUCUAUAUAUAGUACCUGGUGUUAUUGGGUGUGUAGGUGUCCACUGCUUAUGGAAUGGUGAAGUAAAGCCGCUCUUGGAAUACAGUGAGUCUAAGCCAGAAACCGAUUCAAAUUGUCAGUCUUCAUCAUCUCAAGAUGGAGAUGCCGAAGUCAAUAAGAAAGAGCAGUGAUAACGGAGACCUUUAGUUGCAAAAAAACAAUUCUGAUUUUGUCAACAGAUGCUCUAUAGUCAUAUAAUGUUUCUAUGUUGACUUGCCGGAUAACUAUAAAUCUCAAUGAAAGUCUUCACAUAGUUCGUAGGAGUAGCGUCUCAA